AUGGGGGAGCUGUCCACAGACGUGUUGAUCCAAGUCAUCAGCAACAUGACUCAAACCAUCAGGGAGUUCCUCCUAGACAUGCCGGUGUACCCCGCCCUCGGGAACCACGACUACUGUCCCCAGGUUGUCAUUGCUCAUGUUCCAGUGGGUUACUUGCCCUAUGCCAGGAACACCAAGGCCGUCAGAGAACUCUACAGUGAGAGACUUGUGAAGAUAAUUCGCAACUACAGGGAGAUCAUCUCAGGGCAUUUUUAUGGCCACACUCACAGAGACAGCAUAAUGUUCUUGCAGGAUCAGCAAGGGGAGCCGGUUAGUUCCCUGUUUGUCACACCGGCUGUUACUCCAAUCAAAAAGGCAGAAGAGCCGUACUCCAACAAUAGAGCCUUCCACAUGUAGCAUUAUGACCCAUAGGACUACGGGCUGCUGGAUAUUUGGCAGUACUACUUGAAUCUCAUCGAAGCAAACCAAGAAAUAAGAUCUGACUGGAAACUUGAAUACGUAAUCACUGAACCACUUGGAUGAAAGGAUAUUCAACCACACAGCUUGUUUCAACUUGCCCUGAGUUUUGAGUUGGGGCAAAGUGAAACGUUUCAGAAGUAUUUUUGCCAUUUUAUGGUGAGCUAUGAUGAUACCAUUGUGUGUGAUGGGGCCUGCAAGCUGACUCAGGUCUUUGCGGUGCAGUCCUUGGACUAUACCUCCUAUAUCAAAGAUAUUGAAAAGGGACACUAAAACAGGGAUAUUUUUAUUGUGAACUACUGUAAUGUAAAAACUCAGGGAUUUUAUUAAUGCUGUACAGAUAUUUCAUAUUUUUUUACCAUUAUUUAACUAGGCAAGUCAGUUAAGAACAAAUUCUUAUUUUUAAUGACAGCCUUGAGUCAGUGGGUUAACUGCCUGUUCAGGGGAAGAACAACAGAUUUGUACCUUGUCAGCUCAGGGGUUUGAACUUGCACUCUUCCAGUUACUAGUCCAACAGCUCUAACCAGUAGGCUACCCUGCCGCCCCAAUAUGUUUUCACAUGACCAUGAAAUAUAAAUGUAUAAUGUAAUACUUUCAAUUUAAUGGUGAAAAUUUAAGCAUCUCUGAGGUCGAAAUAAGGACACGAUACCAGAUGAGAAUGUUGAUGAUUAUAUAAUCGCAAAAGGCCAAAUAUUGUGUCCAACUUUUUUUGGACAUGUUGAAAUCAAAGAGAAAUCAAUCGCUAACUGCUAAGUACACUGUAUGGUUAUUGCUUUUAAAAUGUCUGACAGUUAUUGAAUAAACUGUAAACUGUGAAUUGCUUUGCUUGCAGUAUAAAGCAAAUGGCCUCUAAGUGGUACUGUUGCACAAAAGGGGAGGGCAUUCAUGAGAAAAACAUUUUAAAAAAUUAAAAAAUCAAUGCACUUGUUUUAUUUCCCCAAAAUUAAAGAUGGCACGACAAUUUUCUCAGCAUUUUGUAAGUUGUGAUAUUUUUUUCUCUGAGACACCAUCAGUUUCUCAUGUGCAGAGAUCAAACUCUCUGGAUCAAAGUGGCCCUAGUUUGGAGAUUGUUUUCCCAGCUGUCAUGCUACAGUUAUCCUCUUCACCUGCUCCCCAGUCCCCUCUAUAGCUGUACUGUGAGAGAGGUUAACUCAUGACCUCGCUGGAGAAAAUGAAAAGCUAGCAAAUGCCACACUAGACCAAACUGCUCUGCGGGGGCGGGGGGAUCAGACAGCCCCAACCCUAUUCAACCCUCUCCUCCUCUCCCCUUGUUCCCCACUUCUCUCCCCCUCUCCCCACAGUCCAGAAGGACUAUCUGCCCUUGCCUUUUGGAUUUGGGGACGAAAUCUUUUCACUCAUAUGCCCUCAACUGGGUUUAACAUUAGCAUUCAGGGGCUGAGAGAGUCUGGGAGAGUCACAAUGCCUGGUGGAAGGGACUGUGGAAAUGAGGUUAGUGGUUGGCAUGGUGAUAAAGACGACUCCGGGGUAACUGCAGCAGAACUCUGGCAGGCCUCACUAAUGACUCUGUGAUGCACUAAUAAGCGUGAAUCACUGGACUGCCAGUCAGAUGGGCUGGUUCCCCUCAAAGGACCAGCCACUGAUGGAGCGAGCGAGAGAGAGAUGGGUCAAUAUUUGCCCUGUCGAUGUGACUCUGUUUGAGACUAGAAUGGGUCUCUUGCUCUUCAGUCUUCACUACCCGCAAGCCUCCCUGAGUUGUCCUGGGUUCAGGCCAGGCUUUAAACAACAGUAUAAAUCUAGCAGGAGACUGUGAUCCUCCUGCAGUGGGAAGAAAAAGUGAAUGCCUGGAUUGGCCUCCUCCACACCACUUCUUAUACAUGGCCUUCAGAAAGUAUUCACCCCACUUGAUCUUUUCAACAUUUUGUUGUUACAAUGUGGGAUUAAAAUUGAUUAAAAAAAAAUAAUUGUCAAUGAACUACACAAAAUACUCCAAUGUCAAAGUGGAAGAAAAAUUCUAACAUUUGUAAAAAACAAAACAAUUGUUUUGUUUUUUAAACCUAUCUUGAUUACGUAGGUAUUCAACCCCCUAUGUCAAUACAUGUCAGUAACACGUUUGGCAGCAAUUACAGCUGUGAGUCUUUUGGGGUAAGUCUCUUAAAAGCAUUCCACACCUGGAUUGUGCAACAUUUGCCCAUUAUUCUUUAAAAAAAAAUUCAAGCUCUGUCAAGUUGGUUGUUGAUAAUUGCUAAACAGCCAUUUUCAAGUCUUGGCAAACGUUUUUCAAGACGAUUUAAGUCAAAACUGUAACUAGGCCACUCAGAAAUAUUUCAUGUCGACUUGGUAAUCAACUUCAGUGUAUGUUUGGCCUUGUGUUUUAGGUUGUUGUCCUGCUGAAAGGUGAAUUUGUCUCCCAGUGUCUGUUGGAAAGCAGACAGAACCAGGUUUUCCCCUAGGAUUUUGCCUGUGCUUAGCUCUAUUCCAUAAAUUGUUUCCCCUAACAAACUCCCUAGUCCUUGCUGAUGACAAGAAUACCCACUCUAUCAAUUGGGUUAGUAUUGUGGAGUAACUACAAUGCUGUUGAUCCAUCCUCAGUUUUCUCCUAUCACAGCCAUUCAACUCUGUAACUGUUUUAAAGUCACCAUUGGGCUCAUGGUGAAAUCCCUGAGCGGUUCCUUCCUCUCCAACAACUGAGUUAGGAAGGACGCCUGUAUCUUUUUAAGUGACUGGGUGUAUUGAUACACCAUCCAAAGUGUAAUUAAUAACUUCACCAUGCUCCAUGAUAUUCAAUGUCUGCUUUUUAUUUUUACCCAUCUACCUAUUGGUUCUCUUC